AUGACGGGAAUUGUUGUAACAAGAGUAUAUAAGUUAAGUAGGCGUAUCAAAACAUUGAUGGAGAAUGAUGUGCUUCUAGCGGUGAAUGGAAAUCCCAUCCAAAAUGAUGGAGAAGUUUCAAUUGGAAUAAAUUUGGAAGGCUUUAUCGCUCUAAAGAAACCCAUGGAGAAUGUGUGUUUUGAUGUGUUGAGAAAAGGAGUAAUCUCCCAGAUGACAUUGAGAUUGAGCAAUAUGGAUAAUUCACAAGAUGGAAGAGACUAUCCUCCUCCAACCUAUUUUAUAGUUGGAGGUUUCGUUUUUACAAACUCCGAGGAUGGCGUGAAGAUUUCUCAGGUGUUAGAAAAUGAGGUAAACAUAGGGUACACCAUUUUUAGAGAUUCUGUGGUUGUGAUGGUUAAUGGAGAAGUGGUGUACAACGUGAAAGCCAUGAGGAAGAUGAUAGAGGAAGCAAAAAAGUGCCCAAUCACCACACAUGUCAGAUUACUCUUGCAUUGCGGGGGCGAAUACUGUGAAUUGGAGGUCCAACAGGAAAUCGGAAAUCAAGCUCUACAAGUUAUAUGCACAUCUCAGUACGAAAUCAUAGAAGCAGCCAUAGCAAGAGAAUAA